AUGCAUAAUUUCGACACCGAGGCCCUCCUCAAGGUCAAAGAGGAGCAGGUGAACACCUGGAGGUAUUCAGCGUCUCCAACCUCGGCCAAGAGCUCCCACGACCCCCCAAAUGGCCAAGCGCUUCCCUCCGUCAAAGAGGCGCUCAACCUCGCCAAGGACAGUCACCAAACCGGGCGUGACGUGAAUGUCACCACCGUCCGGUUCAUCAAGACCAUUGACGUCCGGAUCGGCCUUGCCGGCGCUUCCACCCCCCUUCUAAGGGAAAGCGCCGUGCAAUCGUUCACCAUGUCCCGUGACGCCCGAACGAUACUGUUCGACAAGCCCCUCCCGCGUGCGAUGUGCCUACGCGAUUUGGCGGUAUGGGAGACGAGGAGACGGCGCGCGCCUCUGGCCGUGCCAGCAUCAACAACCGGUAACGGCGGAUACCUGCCUCGCCUACCGGCAGAGCCCAUGGCGAUCGUCGCAUCGGCGUGGUCCGACCUCAACCGGCUCAGCGACCAACUCGGGCCCGCAGUUGUCACCGCCAAUGGUGAUGUAAACAAGGUCCUUGGAGACACGACCGUUGCGCUGCAGCGUCUCCACGACGACCUCGAAGAGCUCAACAGCGAAGAACGUGAAGAGGCGCAGCGGAAUGCCGAAGAGGCGUCGAGCAACCGCGUAUUGGAUGUUCUCAACGAUAUCUCCCGCGCCAAAACGACAAACCACAAGCUCGAGGACCUGCUGAACCUUCCGGACGACGACGUUAACCAACGCAUUGCAUCGUACAUCCAGAUUUCCGUCCCUUACAUUCCUGUCAACGUCCGGCAUGUUUAG